AUGAAACAAUCAUCAGAUGGACGGCUGAUGACAGAGAUUAACGAAGGAUCGCACUUUCUUCUCCGAGCGCCCCCAAGAGACAGAGAAAAAGAGAGACAGAAUGCCUCUCCCUUCUCCGCUGCGUACCCGUUGGCCGCGGACAAGACCCGAGCCAGGGGUGCAGAAGAGCACUCGUUUAUCUAUCUGAAGAAGAAAGGAGGGAGAAAGGAGACCUCCAAGUCGAGAUCACGAAAAAUUUCCACUGUUAUGGAGAGAGCUCUCCGGUCCCCACAGUUCUCCACUAUACACGUGACCACAGCAAAUAGGCCAAAUAUUGAUCCGUUUUUCUGCGGUGGUCAAGCAUGUGCUCUGCCAUUUGGUGGGGAACAGGUACUGAUGACGAGCGGACAGAAUCGGCGGCGCGGUGAUUGGCGGGUUUGA